AUGAAGGUACCUAGGUACCUAUAUCUAAGGUUAGGCAAAAACGUGACAAGGAACAUAAAACCUGAAGCAUUUGAGGCAAAAGAUAAGCGAGAUGGCGAAGACGCAGUUGAACUAAAGGAAAUAGGUCGUGAAUACAUUGAUGUUCUUAAAAAAGUACCAAGUAUUCUAGAAUACCUGAUAAAUAUAACGGAGUACAGACUUGACAAUUCAGAAAAAAAUGACGUUUCAAUUACAAAAGAUGAUGUAGAUCACAUUGAAUCUUCUCACCAUGCCGAUAAAGAAAAUAAUGAAGACAGAAUUAAAAGCCACGUGAAAGCAAGAGACAUUUACGUGCGCAUCGCACCAGUCGCUAGAGUUACAGCAGAAGAUGUAAUGAAGCAAGUAAUAAAAGUUCAAAAAAAAUUAGAAGAGCUCAACGCUAAGAGAAAACAAAUAUGAACAUAAUAUAAUAAUUAACGUAAACUGCUCAUAAACUGCUUAA